ACAAAAGAAAAGUGUAUAAUUGGUCCACCUGCAAAUCACAAGAUCAUUCAUUCAUUUAUUCAUUCAUUCAUUCAUCAAUGGCUGACGACAUAGAAACUGAAACACUCGUGACAAUCAGCAAUGGAAAGUCAAAGUCAAACUACUGGAUCAUCAACACACUCGAAUCAAGAAGCUUCUCAUGGAUAUUAAUCGAUCAAUCAAACCCUUGGAAAUCUGCUCUGUCAUGGCUAAUCUUCUUCAUCUUCUCCAUCUGCGUUCCGAUUCUCGCACACAUCGUCUACCAGUGCAACACUUGCGAUUACAGUCACCGUAGACCCUUCGAUUUGAUCGUCCAGUUGUCGCUAUCAAUCUGUUCUACUCUUUCCUUCAUCAGUUUAUCGGCCUUUGCUCGCAAAUACGGCCUCCGCCGCUUCCUCUUUCUCGAUAAGUUGUCGGAUGUUAGCCUCAAAGUUCGUGAUGCAUAUUCUCAUCAGCUUCAUAGAUCAAUGAAGCUACUGUGUUCAUUCAUCAUUCCAUGCUUUCUCGCCGACAGUGCAUACAAGAUAUGGUGGUUCAGUUCUGGUGGAAAACAAAUACCAUACAUUUAUAACAUUUACAUAAGCCACACGUUGGCGUGUACUCUGCUUUUGUCUUCUUGGUUAUACAGAACAUCACUCUUCUAUCUUGUCUGUGUUUUGUUCAAACUCACCUGUUCUCUGCAGAUACUUAGGUUAGACGAUUUUGCUAAAGUGUUUGAAAGAAAAGCAGAUGUCGGUUUGAUAUUGAUGGAACACCUUGCUAUUAGAAGAACUCUUCGUAUUAUUAGCCAUAGGUUUCGUGCUUUUAUUUUGUCUACUUUGAUUCUGGUUACGGUCAGUCAGUUUGCGUCGCUGCUUGUUACAACGGAGACGGGCUCACUUGUCAAUCUUUCCACUGCGGGAGAACUUGCGCUGUGCUCCGUGACACUCGUGAGUGGUCUAUUCAUAUGCUUACGUAGCGCUGCAAAGAUCACUCAUAAAGCUCAAGCUGUGACAAGUUUAGCAGCCAAAUGGCAUACAUGUGCCACCAUCGACUCAUUCGAUGAUGUGGGUCCCACUGAAGACACCCCAGUGGCUAACGUCUCCGAUCGGGCUAAUUACAACUUUAAUGCGCAUAUGGAUUCAGACAUGGAUGAAGGAGACGAAGACGAAAUAGAUAAUACAAAAAUGCUUCCAAUAUAUAGGGAUACAAUCUCAUACCAGAAGAGACAAGCCUUAGUGAGUUAUUUUGAGAACAACCGAGCCGGGAUCACUGUCUUUGGAUUCAUGUUGGAUAGAACAUCACUGCACACCAUCUUUGUAAUCGAAAUGUCGCUCACGCUUUGGUUGCUUAACAAAACAAUCGGUUUCUCAUGAACACGAUCCAUUUCAGCCCAAUACAAAUUAGUUUGUUGAUCAAGAUUCGGCUCGAGAAGAAUGCCGAAUUUCAAAAUGUGAGUAUGGUGUGUUUCUCUACUUGUGUAAUGUUUGCUUGAUAGAGAUCAACUUGUAAAAUCAUCGCCUUAGCGCCACUUGGCGUCGUGUUGUUUGUCACUCAGUAAUCAAGAUUCUGCUGUCUGUCAAGGUAACAAAAGAUCUUACUUUAUUGCCACGUGGCUUAUCUGGUGCAUUCUAUGAUUGGUGGAGUGAUCUGAUUCGUCAUUAGUAACAAAGAUGUCUUGUAUACUGUCGUGAGCGGUUGUAUUUUAUUAAUUGUUUUGUGCAUUAUACCUGAAUGGAUGUAUAAGUCUUAGAAAAUUUAGUUGAAAUUUUGAUAUCUUACCACCUUGAAGGAAAAUAGUGUAUUACUAUAUGAUAAAUAUUAUAAUAAAUUUGAUGAGUGAAUUAGAUAUGAUAA